AUGGCUGCAUCAUCAUCUUGUUCAAUUGAUCAACUUAAAAUUGUUUUAGUUGGUGAUAGUGCAACAGGUAAACAUUGUUAUGUCAGAAGACUUACACAUAAUAUAUUCCCUAAUGAUACUCGAACAAAUAAAGAAUAUGAUAUUAUUUCAACCAAAAUAAAAAUUGAUGAAUAUACUGAAAUUCCAAUAGAAAUUUUUAAUAUAUCUGGUUCACAAUGUGAUAAAACAAAACUAAAAACAUAUUUUAAUAAUAUCGAUGGAUAUAUUAUUAUGUUUGAUAUAACUCGUAGAGAAACAUAUGAUAAUAUAAUAAAUUGGAAAAAUUCUAUUGAUAAUGUAAAUCAAACAGAUAAUUUACCAUGUUUAUUAUUAGCAAAUAAAUGUGAUUUAGAAGAUGAUCAAAUAUUAAAUCCUAUUAUGAAUAAUUAUUGUCAAAUAAAUGAUUUUUGUGGUUAUUAUAAAAUAUCAACUAAGAAUAAUAUUAAUAUUGAACAAUCGAUUCAAACUUUAAUUAAUGAAAUUAUUCAACGUAGAAAUUUAUUGACAAGAACUUCUCCUUCGAUGUCUAUAUCUCGAAAUAGAACAAUAUCAAUUGAAGAACAAAAACAAGAAUAUACAUUAAAAAUUAUAGUUAUUGGUGAAAGAGCAACUGGUAAAACAGCAAUUAUACAACGUUAUGUUAAUAAUACUUUUGCAGGAAUUUAUCAUAGUACAAUUGGUACGGAUUUAGCUGUUAAAAAAAUUCAAUAUAAUGAUCAUAUUAUUGUUAAUCUUCAUAUAUGGGAUAUUGCUGGUGAUGAACGAUUUGGAACUAUGACACAUCUUUUUUAUAAAGAUGCAGCUGGAUGUUUAAUUGUAUUUGAUGUAUCAAAAUCAGCGACGUUAAUAAAUGGUGCAGUGAAAUGGAAAAUUGAUUUUGAUAACAAAGUUAAUAUUGAUAAUAAUAAUCAAGUGCCAUGUUUACUAAUUGGAAAUAAAUGUGAUCUAGUCAAAGAUGGAAUUGUAGUAAGUGAAACACAUAUGACAGAAUUCUGUCGUAAACAUAAAUUUAUGCGUUGGUAUGAAACAUCUGCAAGAGAAAAUAUUAAUAUUGAAGAAUCAAUUUUAUUUCUUGUUAAAGAAAUAAUGAAAAAUAUUGAUACUAUGAAAGGUAUAAGAAGAAGACUUUCUGAAGUAAUUGAAAUUACACAACAAACUUCAUCCACAAAACCUAAUAUUAGUUAUUGUUGUCAAUUUUAA